GGGUUUAAGGUUCGAUACUCUAGAGCCCCGUUUUGAGGUUUUUGCUUGGUUAACGAUGUCGGCUUGUGGCAGUGAAAUUGAGCUGAUUCUUUGAGUAGAAUCGUGUCUAAGUCUUUACCGCGCCAUUAGUGAAUCUAGGAAUUUCUCCUCUAGAUGAAGGAGAUUAGGGACGGAAUGGCACUAAUGAUCAUUAUUUUUUCAGAGCACGCAGAAAAAAAGAAGAAAAAAAAAAGCUCAAGGUCAACGGGGAAAUCAAAACCCUUUUCGUCUUUGUUGGGACCGAGAGAGAGCGGUGGUGGGUCCAUUGAUGAGCAAGCUGAGGCAAAGAAAGGAGGGGCAGCAGACUUGAAUUCUGUUGUUGAGAAAGUUGUUCUUGAACAGUUCAAGCAUAGUGGUACAUUAGAAGGAGAUUGUGUUGGCCCAAGCAGUGCUGGCGGAGCAGAAAAUUGCGACAAAACCAUAGUUCGAGGAUUGAGAAAGAGGAAGAACUUGGAAGGUGGGCAUGAGAGACAAAUUCCCCGAAAGCAUUUUGCAGUUCUUGGAGGGAAUUUGAAGCUUAAGCAGCAAAGAAGGGACGGGGACCUUACUAACAGAGAGAAUCUUAAAACUGCAUAUAAUCACUAUGCAAAUGGUGGUGGCUGGUGGGACAACAACAUUGAGGGUGUUGACAAUGAAGAAGUUGGGUUUAGUGAGGUAUGGGAAGGAGUGGGAUCCACCACUUUUGGGGGAAUUGCAGACUGGCAUUAAUCUGUAUGAUUUGACUAGCAUGUUUAUAAAAAGCUUGAAGUAAUAGACUUCUCCACUUUCUAUUCUUGGCGAUGUUUCAUUAAGGUUAUAUCUCA